AUGUCUGACAUUUCUCAACUGACUGCUCAAGCUGAAGUGUCUGUGACGACGCCAGUUCCACAGCUGGGAGCUCCGGAUACCACGACGCCGGUGCAAACACCGUCGGCAGAUAUGUUUGAGAAGGGAGAAGGACUGCACACCGCUGGAAACGGCACCUCAAAUGUCGAAGAUUCUCCCGCUCCUGAAAAGCCUUUGUCCCCACCAAACCCCUCCCCUUCCCCCGAGAAGCACAAGAUGGAUGAGGAUGAACAGGAAGAGAGCUCAAAAAAGCAAAAGGUUGAAGAACCUGGAGAUGAGUCCAAGCCAGAGUCUAGCUUAUCCCUGACGGAUACGUCGAAGAUGGAACCUGCACCUAAGCCACCUCCAGAACCAGACAUGACGAAUCUCCCUGCGGACCCUAUCCCUAAGCACCAGAACAAGUUUGCUCUCAAUACGAUCAAGGCUAUCAAGCGUUUAAAGGAUGCCGGCCCAUUUCUCCAUCCAGUCGACAUCGUGAAGUUGAACAUCCCUUUUUAUUACAACUUCAUUAAGAGACCAAUGGACCUUUCCACCAUUGAGAGGAAACUCACAGUUAACGCAUACGAAGACCCUCUGCAAAUUGUUGACGACUUCAACCUCAUGGUUGACAACUGCAUUAAGUUCAACGGUGAAUCAGCUGGUAUAUCCAGAAUGGCAAAAAAUAUCCAGGCCCAGUUUGAGAAGCAUAUGUUGAACAUACCUCCCAAGGUUCUUGCUGCCAAUGGGCACUCUUCGAACACUGGUGCUGCAUCGAGAAGACGCAAUGUUAUUGUGAGUGAUGACUCGAAGACUGAAUCUGUGGCUGCUCAUAGGCCAAAGAGAACGAUCCACCCACCAAAGUCAAAGGAAUUGCCAUAUGAUGUGAGACCAAGAAAGAAGAAGUAUGCAGCUGAGUUGCGCUUCUGCAACCAGGUACUUAAAGAGUUGACAUCCAAAAAGCUUUACAGCAUCAACUUCCCCUUCUUACAACCAGUUGAUCCAGUCGCAUUGAACAUUCCUCACUACUUCGAUGUGGUGAAGAACCCAAUGGAUCUCGGGACUAUUCAAUCCAAUCUUGCAAACAACAAGUAUGAGAAUGCUGAUGAUGUUGAGCGAGACGUGAGAAUGGUGUUCUCAAACUGUUAUUUGUUUAACCCAGAAGGUACUGAUGUUAACACUAUGGGACACCGCCUUGAAAGUGUGUUCGACAAGAAAUGGGCUCAAAAGCCUGUCCCACAACCUUCGCCUCCUCAGUCUGAUGGCGAGUACGAUAGUGACGAGUACGAGGAUGAUGAUGGUGAGGUCAAUGAAGCCAUGUUGUCCAGUGUUCCAGCUAUCCAGUUUUUGGAGAAUCAGCUCAUCAGAAUGAAGCAGGAGCUCGAUGAGUUGAAAAAGAAGGAACUUGAGAAGUUGAAGGCCUCUCGCAGAAAGAAGAAGAAGACAAGGAGAACAACAAAGAAGGCCAGAUCUAACUCCGUCUCGGACCGUCAUGACGAUCAGCCUGUUGUGACGUACGAGAUGAAAAAACAGGUGAGUGAGGUUGUUCCUACGUUGAAUGACAAGAAGUUGCAAGCAUUAAUCAAAAUCAUCAAGGAUGAUAUUGUCAUCAGCGAUGAAGAAGAAGUUGAGCUCGAUAUGGAUCAGCUUGAAGACCGUACCGUGUUGAAGCUUUACGAUUUCUUGUUUGGUAAGAAGGCUGCGUCGCAAGCGAUGAGCAAGAGCAAGAGAUCCACUUAUUCUACCGGCAAUAUUGACCAGCUCGAGCAGUUAAGAUCACAACUCCAAUUGUUUGAUGACGCUGAAAGAUCAAACGGAGGUUCGGGUGUUCCCGCCUCCACGUUCGACCUCAAUAGUAUUCCUGCACAGGAGUCGUCUGACGAUGAUGCAUCUUCAGAGUCCUCGGAGGAGGAAUAG